CAACGGAGAGAGGCUCCUGCAGAGGAGGAUCUGGCAAUCUGGAAGAAAAAAGGGUCCAUGGCUGCCAACAUGGGGUCGAUGCGUAUCCUCAUCAAAGGAGGGAAGGUGGUCAAUGAUGACUUCACCCAGGAGGCAGAUGUCUACAUCGAGAACGGCAUCAUUCAGCAGGUUGGAAAGGAGCUGAUGAUCCCAGGCGGGGCUAAAGUGAUUGACGCCUCUGGAAAACUGGUGUUGCCAGGCGGAAUAGACACCAGUGUGCAUCUGCAGCAGACCUUUAUGAACGCCAGCAUUCAGGAUGACUUCUACAGUGGGACCAAGGCAGCUCUGAUGGGUGGUACCACCAUGGUAAUGGCUCUGGCCCUCCCUGAGCAACAUUGCUCCCUGCUGGACGCCUACGAGAAGUGCCGAGCUCUGGCCGACGCCAAGGCCUGCUGUGACUACGCUCUGCAUGUAGGGGUGACCUGGUGGGGUCCAAAGGUGCGCAGCGAGAUGGAGACCCUGGUGAGGGAGCACGGAGUGAACUCUUUCCAGAUGUUCAUGGCCUACAAAGACAUGAUGAUGCUAAGGGACUCGGAGCUCUACCAAACGCUGCAGACCUGUAAGGACAUCGGGGCCAUCGCUCGCGUCCACGCUGAGAACGGAGAGCUGGUGGCAGAGGGUGCCAAAGAGGCUCUGGAUUUGGGCAUCAGUGGACCGGAGGGUAUUGAGAUCAGCCGACCAGAGGAGCUGGAGUCUGAGGCUACUCACAGAGCUGUCACCAUCGCCAACAGGGCUCACUGCCCGAUCUACCUGGUGAAUGUGUCCAGUAUGUCUGCUGGAGACAUGAUUGCUGCUGCUAAGAUGCAAGGUAAGGUGGUCCACGCAGAGACCACAGUAGCUCACGCAGUGCUGAAUGGGAUGCAGUAUUACCACCAAGACUGGGCUCACGCUGCCGCCCACGUCAUCGUCCCUCCUCUCCGCCUCGACCCCAACACACCCAGCUACCUUAUGGGCCUGCUGGGCAGUGACACUCUGAGCGUCGUGGCUUCAGAGCACCGUCCAUUCAACAUCAAGCAGAGAGCUUUGGGCAAGGAGGACUUCACAAAGAUCCCUCAUGGAGUGGCUGGAGUGCAGGACAGGAUGAGUGUCAUUUGGGAGAGGGGAGUGGUUACGGGAAAAAUGGAUGAGAAUCGUUUUGUGGCAGUGACGAGCUCUAACGCUGCAAAGAUCUACAACCUGUACCCACGCAAGGGGCGCAUCAUCCCCGGGGCUGACGCUGAUGUGGUGGUCUGGGACCCGGAUGCAACAAGGCAGAUCUCUGUGAGCACUCAGGUGCAGGGCGGAGACUUCAAUCUGUAUGAGGGGAUGCGCUGCCACGGUGUUCCCUUGGUCACCAUCAGCCGGGGACGUUUGGUGUGUGAGAACGGUGUGUUCAUGUGUGCCGAGGGAUCCGGAAAGUUCUACCCUCAGCGCACCUUCCCUGACUACCUCUACAAGAAGAUGGUACAGAGAGAAAAGACUCAGGCUUAUAAAGGGGUUGACAGGGAUCCCUACUCUGGUGACGUGGCCAAGGUGGUAAACACUAUGAAGAAGGAGCUCGGAUUGGGCCCCAUAGACGGAGAUGCGGCCAACAAAGUUUGUGCUCGGGUGCACCAGGGAGUGCGAGACCUCCAUGAGUCCUCCUUUAGCCUCUCGGGGUCUCAGGUUGAUGACCACAUCCCGAAGAGGUCCUCAGCCCGGAUCCUGGCCCCUCCCGGCGGUCGUUCCAGUGGUAUCUGGUAAUCGCUGCUGCUGGAGCUUCACCCGUCCGAGUCUCCUUGUUUUGUAAUAUUCUGAACAACCAGGAAAACUGCACUGAUUUUCAAUCACAGGAUUAAAGUUAAGAGAGGAAAAUAAAUUGAAGCACUCGUCUGUGAUUGGUGAAGACUUAAACUGAUGAUCGGUGACCUGCCAAAGUGACUUUUACAAAAUCUAAUUUGUGUCUUAAUUGGAGCGACUGACCUGAUUAAUUACAUGAGAGUCAAGGGCUAUCUAUGAAUUUCAAAUGUUUUUCCAAAUUCAAGCUGAUCAUACUAACAUUGACAAAGUCUGCUCAUUCUCACCCUGCUCGUAUCCCGCGAAGAAACUAAACAAACUGUGAAAGAUCAAAACCAGUACAGUUUUUUAAGGUUUGAACUGAAGUGAUGUCGACUGAAUUAUUUAAAAA